GUGAUAUUUCAGUUUACUGAGUACAGCGAAUUAAAACUUGUAUAUUGUUAAACGGAGCAAAAUUUUCUGCAAAAGCAUUAAAAAUGGAUACAGACUGCUCUAAUGAUUGGCGGAACGCUCAUCACAGCACUGGAACUACCAUCAUGGCAGUGGAGUUCGAUGGCGGCGUGGUAAUUGGUGCCGAUUCACGCACCAGUACCGGAACGUACGUCGCCAACCGAGUCACGGACAAGCUCACGAAGUUGACUGACAAUAUCUACUGCUGCCGGUCCGGGUCGGCUGCGGAUACCCAAGCGAUUGCAGACAUCGUCGCGUAUUCGUUGAACUACCAUGAGAAUCAAACAGGCGAACAACCACUGGUGGAGGACGCAGCGAACGAAUUCCGGCAGUUUUGCUACAACUAUCGCGAAACCCUAGUGGCCGGCAUCAUCGUGGCCGGAUGGGAUCCGAAGCACGGUGGUCAGGUGUACUCGGUGCCCGUUGGUGGUAUGCAGAUACGCCAAAGCGUAACAAUCGGCGGUUCCGGCAGCUCGUACAUUUACGGUUUUGUAAAGGAGAACUACCGCGAGGGAAUGUCCCGUGCGGAGUGCGUUGAGUUUGUAAAGAAAUCGGUUUUCCACGCAAUGUAUCACGACGGCAGUUCAGGUGGUGUGUGCCGUAUCGGCGUCAUCACGAAGGAUGGUGUAGAGCGGGAGGUAUUCUUUGCACCGCGUGAUUAUGAGAAUGUUCCGCGCCGAUCAAAUGCACCGAGCGUGUCGGUUCAAGCGUAAAUUACUUUGUAAUGCGCGAGUCAAACUAUCGCGUUUCUGUGGUUCAUGGAAUAAAUUUUUGCGUACUGCAACA